AUGGCCAUGUCUUGUCCUCAUACGCAUGUACCAGUUUCUGAUGACGUCAUCAAACUGGUUCCGAAGAGAUUACCCUCCGAUCAUCAAUUGGCUGGUCGUCCCGAGAUGAAAGGAAUUGCAAUGCAAUUAAUUUGCUCUUUACCAGAUUGUUUGUCUAAUCCUUGUCUGCAAGGAGAGUCCUGUGUGGAAACAUAUGAUGGAUAUGAAUGUCACGUAUGUCCGCCUAGUACUACUGGAAAUGCAUGCAAAGACGAGCUUCCGAAAGACUGCUCUGACCAUUACGAUGCAGGUGAAAAGACGAGUGGAGUAUACACGAUUUGCUUGGGUUCUGGCAUAGAAGAUGAAGAACGUAUUGAUGUUUAUUGCAGCUUUGAUGUAGAUGGUGGGUGGACGGUUAUUCAACGUCGGCAGGACGGAAGUGUGGAUUUCUAUCAAGAUUGGGCUUCUUACAAGAAUGGCUUUGGUGAUUUAGAGAACGAGUUCUGGCUGGGUAAUGAUGUCAUACAUCGCAUCACUUACCAGGCAACAUACAGACUUCGAAUAAAGAUGAUGGAUUUGCAAGGGAAUCAAUGGGAUGCUAAAUAUGAUGGUUUUCGUGUUGCCAAUGAGGGUGAUCGGUAUCGCCUCGGAGGUCUCACUUUUGUUGGAGGAUCUGCAGGUGAUGCAUUGUUCUAUCAUAUCAACUCAGCAUUCUACACCUAUGAUCGUGAUACUGAAAACGACGUAUAA